AUGGAAAAAUUAAAUGAGAAAUUAAUUGACGUAGAAAGUCAUAACGAAAAAUUAGAAAAUUGGAGAAAUGCUUUUCAAAUGAAAUAUUUUUGGAAAGAAACUAAAACAAAAAUUGAACAAGUGUUAGGGAAAUUUGAUCAUUUACAGAUAAAAAAUACGAAAUUAAUUGAAUAUGAAGAAGUAAUCUUAUCUGAAGUAAUUUUUCCAGAUGAGAUUUCAAAC